AUGGACUCUGGUGGCCGCAGGCACCCCAGGCCACGCGCACCGGCGGGACUGCGCUCCCCUCCCCUCCCCUCCCCGGCAGCCAGUUGCGCUUCCACCUCCCUGACCCUGUGGGCUGGACACACUCAGCAUCGGAUGGACCCACUCCGCAUCGGCUGGACACACUGGGCAUCAGUCGGACAGCGUUGUUCCCUCCCUGGCAGAGAGGUCCCGACCGGCGAGAUGCGGCCCCGGGGGCCCCGCGCUCUCCUGCUGCUGCUGCUGCUCGUCGCCGGCCCGGCGCAGCUCAGUGCCCAGGUAAUGAGUCAGGUCAGACCAGGCCAUGCUGAGGUAACACACAGCCCCAAGAACUGCCUCAACAAGCAGCAGGUCCUCAUGGCCAUCCGCCAGUUGCAGCAGCUGCUGAAGGUUCAGGAGACCCGCUUCAGCGAGGGCCUCCGCAACGUGAGGAGCCGGCUGGCCGCACUGCAGAGCUCUGCAAACAGAGUGGGUCUGGACGGCCCCCCAGUUUCCUGCCCUGCUCUGAACGCCCCUCCAGAUGGCAGAAAGUUUGGAAGCAAGUACUUAGUGGAUCACGAAGUUCAUUUUACCUGCGACCCUGGGUUCCAGCUGGUUGGGCCUAGCAGCGUGGUGUGCCUUCCCAACGGCACCUGGACGGGGGAGCAGCCCCGCUGCAGAGAUAUCAGCGAAUGCUCCAGCCAGCCUUGUCAAAAUGGUGGGACGUGUUUAGAAGGAGUCAACCAGUACACGUGCCUUUGUCCUGCGGGAAGGACCGGGAGCCGCUGUCAGCACCCGGCCCAGACGGCCGCCCCAGAGCGAUUGGCGGACGACCCCGCCUUCAGCCGGGCGCCCCGCUGCGCGCAGGUGGAAAGGACUAGGCACUGCAGCUGCGAGGCCGGUUUCCAGCUGAGCCGCGCAGCGGGCGGCGACAGCGUCUGCCAGGAUGUGAAUGAGUGUGAGCUCUAUGGGCAGGAGGGACGCCCCCGGCUCUGCAUGCACACCUGCGUGAACACGCCCGGCUCCUACCGCUGUGCUUGCCCCAGCGGGUACCGGACCCUGCCUGACCGGAAGAGCUGUGAGGACGUUGACGAGUGUGUGAGCCCACAGCACCUGUGUCCCCGGGGAACCACGUGCAUCAACACUGGGGGAGGCUUCCAGUGCGUCAGUCCCGAGUGCCCCGAGAGCAGCGGCAACGUGAGCUACGUGAAGACGUCUCCCUUUCAGUGUGAGCGAAACCCCUGCCCCAUGGACAGCAGACCCUGCCGCCACCUGCCCAAGACCAUCUCCUUCCACUACCUGUCUCUGCCCUCCAACCUGACAACGCCCAUCACGCUCUUCCGCAUGGCCAUGGCCUCCGUGCCCGGCCGACCUGGACCCAACAGCCUUCGGUUCGGCAUCGUGGGUGGGAACAGCCGAGGCCACUUCGUGAUGCAGCGAGCGGAUCGCCAGACGGGGGAGCUGAUCCUUGUCCAGACCCUGGAGGGGCCACAGACACUCGAGGUGGACGUUGACAUGUCGGAAUACCUGGACCGCUCCUUCCAGGCCAACCACGUGUCCAAGGUCACCAUCUUUGUGUCCCCAUAUGACUUCUAAGGGUGCAUGAGUGCGGAGUGUGGAGAUCGGGGCUCCUGUCUCUCCAGCCAAGGCUCGGCCCUGGGCGCUGACUGUGGGACACCCCCGCCCCACCCGUCUGUGCAGCUGCUCGUUCACGCAGGCGUCUAGCGCAGCGGUGCAGUCUGGCCACAGCGCACAGAAGGGCAGUCACAACACCCGGGCUGCUGCCGUCACUUCUGUUUUCUGCUUUAAAGUUGUUUCCUUCAAUUAUGUACUAACUUUUUGAAGUGUCUUUUCCAGGGGAAUGGGCAGCUUUUGCAAGUGCUGUGUGAAUGCCCGUGAGUUUGAAUUGGCGGGAGAGGGGAGGCUUGAGGUGUGUGUCUGAGGGGCUUGUCAGCCCUGUGUCAUCGCAGGCGUGCUGAGCGUCACUCCGUGCCCUGUGUACAUGGCACUGGGGUGGGUCCUGGGCCAUGCCCAGGGUUCUGCUCUGAUCUGUGUCCCCUCCGUGACAUGCUUGCCAGCCAGAGAGGGGUGCAGGGCCUGGCCCCCCCACACAGACGCUUCCAGAACAAGAUACCAACAUUAAAGAAUAGAUUCUGAAUUAAUUCUUUUUAAAAAAUCCUAUCUCAAAACAUAACCUGGUAUUCUAACUGAGUUAAUAAAGCUUAUCGCUUCUCCCCGACCACCUUGCCUGUCCCUGAACAUGAGCUGGCCUGUUCCUCGUGGGAGGGGACGCCUAGCUCUCUUCUUGUCU